UACAUCUUGAUAACUUAUUUAAAUAUACAAUAGUAAAGUUUCCAAUAUUUUUUUGUAUACGGAAGUGCGCACCAUCUUUAUAAAUUUUCUGUCUUGGUCGCCAUUUUUGAGGCGGCGAACGUGAGCUCUGUUUUUUUCACUAAAAUAUUCGUCGAUAUCGACGAAAGGGAGUAGAUUCUACUCCCUUUUUGAUUAAUACAGUUUUAAGUCUUUCUAUUUACCGAAAGGUAAAGCUAUUAGUAGACGGGUGUGAUAUUUUCUCUUUGUGUAAUUUUAUAAACAUGGCAUUCUAAAAUGUCGGGUCUGUACGUAAAUUCGUUCUCUACUCGCGGAGUAUCCCGCUCAGCUGUUUUUGUGUAUGUUGGAGGAUUCAAAGAUGGACAAGAAAUCAAUCAAUCGAUCUUCUCAGCCGCAGUCGAGGGCUUCGGCCGUCGACUGUAAAAAAAGUGCAGAAUUGACCCACAAGCCUGCGCCUAGAUACAACAAGAAACGUGAGGGACCAGCCAGUGCGCCUAAGAAUGACCCAGCUCGGAAGAAUGGACCAGCUCAGAGAGGCCGCGGGCAGAUGGACCGGAGACCUCGUGCUAGAGGCUCGCCUGGUUUCGCAAUGGGUGGAGCAGAGAUCACCGGGAUAGCUGAGGAUGAGCCCGAGCUAGGCUCGGUGUUUGUGCCUGGAAGCAAGAAGCAAAACCUGAACCAUUUGCUGAACUUUAUGUACUCUCCGAGGGGAGCGCAAGACCGGAGGGUCCCAGCGCCUCGCCGGAGUGCUCCGCAGAGAGCUGCUGCCAUACAUCCUCACAACCAUGACUUGUAUUUGCAGGCGAGCUGUCAAUUUGUGGUGAAAGAAGAUGGGGAAUACAAGGCGAAUCUGCUGGACCCAGAUGUGGCAGUCAAGUGGGAUCUUAUUGAAGAAAUUGUGGUGAGGAGCACUGGCAAGUCUGAAUGCCCUAUAUGUCUUGGAGAGCCGGUGGCUGGUCGAGUUGGCCGCUGCGGUCAUGUCUACUGCUGGCCCUGCGCCCUGCACUAUGCGGCCGCUCAUGAGAAACAACCGCCGCCAUGCCCCGUCUGUGCUGCCCCAUUCCAUGUGGACCAGAUGAAGCCAGCCAGGAUCUUGCAAUGGGCAUCACCUGCUGAAGAAGUGACCAUGCGUCUCGUGCGCCGCCUGCGAGGGUCCACCAUGGUGGAGGUGGCUCCGGCGCGCGGGGAGGCGGUCGAGGAGUCUGAAGCCAAGGUGCUGCCGCUUGCUGACAUCCACACGGCACCUUACGCCAAACUGUUCGCUGCUUCUACUCAACAGGUAAUUGAAAAACUACAGCAAGACAGGGCAGAGUUGCAAAACCAAAUAAUGGCCGAGAUUGACACUACUGAGAUAGUUUACAUGGAGCAAGCCAUAGAGUCACUCAAUCUUCAAGAGGAAAAACUGAAAAACCAAAAGGACAUAGAAAUACCGAAAUACACAGUAGUUGAGAAAAAAGACGAGGCACCAACUGUCUAUGAGAAACAAGUGAAAAAUGAUACAAAGAUUGACUGGUUUGAUGAGGAGGAAGGCGCAUCCUGCAUGGAGUCUCUCCAAGCAGAAAUAGACAAUAUAACUUUACAAGAAACUAUCAAUUCUGAGGAAACUGUCAAAUCUGAGCUUAACCCUGAAGCUUCUGAGUUCAAAAUUGGUGGAAAUCAAAACGAUGAAGUUGCUGAAGAGUUUCCACUCAUUCAAGAUGACGUAACACCACCACCUUCCGAUGUUGAUCGUGAAACUCAAUCCAAAUACUUCUACUUUUAUCAAGCGGAGGAUGGACAGCAGGUAUUCCUGCACAGUCUGAACGUACGUCUGCUGACGGCGUCCUGGGGUCACCUGUCGUCGGCCCCGCCGGUGCUGCGCGCGCGAGUGCUGCAUCGGGAGACUUUGUCGCUGGUUGAGUCUUCAAGGAAACACAUGCCGUAUGCCGCCCACCUGCCGCUGCACUGUCCCUUCGACAUUGUGGAAUUGGAUUUACAACCUCCUAUUGUGACUAUCGACGCCAUCAAUAGUCAUUGGGACGCGCUAGAAACCCGCGCUCGCGCCCGAGCCCGGUGCGAGCGCGACGAGAAGCGCCGAGAGCGCGCGUACCGCCGCGCCAUGGAGGGUCCGCCGAAGCCGCAGUUCUCGUCGUCAGACUUCCCGCCAGCCUACAGCCCGCCCUCGAGCUACAGCCCGCCCGUAGCGGUGCCGCCGGUGGAAGCCAGCCCUUCAACGCCGUCGCUGGCGAGGAAUGUUGCGCCGUCGCCUUCUACACUGUCCUUUGCUAAGAUGGCAAGCACAAGCGGAACCUGGCGCGUGAGGCCGGCCGCCCCGGUACGCCCCGAGACUCCGCCCCCUGAGGACGAAGAAGGUGCCGCGCCCCGCUCCGUAUCGCUCUCUGACGCGAUCACAGCCGCGCUCGACGCCCGCUCCGAACCCGCGCCUAAAGGCAAGAAGAAGAAGGGAAAACAGAAGGUUCUGUUUGCGAUGGGCAUGCAGCAUUCGGCAUAGGUUUUUUUUGUUUUACAUGACGCUGGGGUAAAUCUUGAGGGUUGAUUGUGAAGUUAAUUGAUAACCGCGUUACAUACUACUACUGUUGCAACUAGUCCAGAGACAUUUGUAUGUUAUGAUUUUCGGUCCUCAAGUUUUUCACGCAGAUCGUUUACAAGCACAAAGUAUUGAGAUUUAGGUUAUUGGUUUUAUUAAUAAUGGCAUUGUAUGUAGAAUAGGCAAAUCUUAUGUACUACACCAUACAUUUAGAUCCACUUUUAUUUCUUCAAGACCUUUUAAAAAAAAAUAACGUAGUACAAACAUAUUUUAAAAUAUAAUUAAAAAAGAAAGAAAAUUUAGUUUGUGCUCGAUACUUUGUGCUUGAUUAGAUAAUAUUAUAUGGAUAAAUAAACUAUUUUAUUAAAUGUGUCCAAGUUUAAUUAGAUUAACUAAUAAUGGAUUGACUUGUUGAAUAUGAAUUUAUUGCUUGUUAUGUUAAAAACAUUAUAGGUACAGUAGUUUACGUAACCAAUACUUUGGUUUUUGUUUUUUUGCUGAUCAUGGUAUGGAUUUUUUCAAAACUUAACAUUGAAAAGAAUUGAAACAUAUUCGGUAGGUAGUAGUAACCUAUUCGGAAAAAAAUAUAAAAAUCUGUAACGUAAA